AUGGCACCGACGGCGGAGAGCUCCGCAGACUGGUGCGAGAAGCCAGGGUUUCCUUCGCACGAGGGAUCGUGGAUUCGAGCGACUACCCAUGGGCUACCAGAGUACUGGUACCAGGAGGGACAUGAGAAGACCCGGAACGGCCCUCCUCCGCGCAUUUCUAUUGGAACACACGAGGAUGCACAUAUCAGGGUCGACGACUCGCGGGUUGCGCCACGGCAUUGCAUGGUGUUCAAGGAGGGCCGCCACUGGUUCGUCGAGGGUGUCUCGACACGGCGGCCGACCAACGUGGGAGACACGAUGCUGGAGCCCGGUGUCGCCUACCAGCUGAGCUCUGGUGAUGUGUUCUCGCUUGAUGGACCUGCCCGUGCCUUGCAAUACCUCGUCGAGUUCGAUGAUGCAGACAACUGGUACCUCGACACCACGUCUGACAACGACUUUCCGAAUCGGUGGCCGGCAAAGAUGCCAGGACAUCCGACAGAAGCGCCGCCGGCUCCCGAAGAACUCAAACGGCUGGCUUGGCAAACCGACCAGAUGCGGAGACGAUCAGAGGAAGAGCAAGUUCUGGUUGCGGACUGGGCAGCUUUUUCGCAGUACGUGAAGAAGCACUAUCACAAGUACGGCAUCUUCGCUGAGCCCUGGCAGGGAUCUCUUGGCCCGGCACCCCCUCGGCCUCCGAAGCCUGCGCCAAGGCCUUGGCCGCAGUGGGUGACGGAGCUCGUGGCACAGGAGCAGAUGCUACCCUACGUGGACAGGGAGCUCCCCUUCCAAGAGCUUCUGGAGCUGAGUGGCGCGGCGCCGAGACGUCCCUUGGGCCCGAGGGCUCCGAAACCCCCUGGGCCGGUGUCUGGUUGGGGAGUUGCAGACAGGGAGCGUUACAAGAGUGGAGGAACUGGGCGCAUGAUGGGCGAUGCUUCACUGCUAGCGAUUGGUCGGACGCAGCCUUUCCAACCAGAUACAAGAGUCCAGGAGCCUGCACCCUCCGCAGCCGCCGAGCCGCGCCCCGCAGAGACAGUGGAGGACGUGCGAGGGCGCUGUUCCGUGCCGCUGCCAGGCAGCUUCAAGGCCUGGCUCCAGUCCAUGGAGGAUGCACAGUUCGUCCUGCCGUACCACGAUGCCCUAACAUCCCAGUUCGAUUCUUUGGAGCAAAUCUUGAGCCUCUUCGUCCGUGCGGGUGAGGUGGAUCAUCGCUUUUUCGAUGCCGUCGGCAUCCAGAAGCUAGGUCACCGCCGCGUCUUCCAGAAAUGGUUCCGCAGCCACUGCAAGUGA